AUGCUCCGUCCUGUGUUAGUAGUGGAAACUACACGUAGAAAGAAGAGGCGAGAUCUAAGGAAGAAGCUCGCGCGGCAGUUCUACGAGGCUUUCACGCAGGAGGGAUUCGUCACUGUCUCUGGCCAUGUCAUCUCGAAAGAGACGUGGGACCAGCAGAUGGACUUCUGCAACGCCACAAUGACCAUGGAUCCCAAAGCAAAUGUUCCUUUUGAAUCUCGCCGGAGGGGGACAAACAGGGCAUCUACGUGGGUUUCAAGACGGCUGGAGGACUCAGUUUUCACGAAGAAUCUCAAGAUCGACUUUUACAAUAUGCUCUAUCAAGACAGCAAAGCAGACAGAAAGCACCCUCCUCACCUAGUUCCGUACCUUGAUGAAAUCCGAAAGGUCAUGCUUCACGUCCGCGAUGAUACCCAGAAGAAGCUAUUCAUCCUGCUAGCUAUGUGUCUCGAGAUGCCUGCUGAUGAACUCAUUGCUACGCAUGCGCCUGGACAGUCGAGCUCCGAGUGUUGCCGUUACAUGAGCUACGCACCUUUAACGCCAGAAGCUACGGCAAAAGCGCGUGGUCUCUUCAUGCCGGCACACGCGGACUGGGGUGCCUUUUCCAUCCUCUUCUCGCCGCCAGUCUCUGCUCUACAGAUCCUACACAAGUCUGGCGUCUUCAAGUGGGUUGAGUAUAAGCCCUACACCCUCAUCGUCAACUUUGGUCAAGCACUAGAGCUACUCACGGGCGGGCUCUUUCUAGCGACAAUCCAUAGGGUCGUCACCCCUCCCAAGGACCAAGUUGACUAUCUGCGAGUAGGCAUUUAUUGCUUCUCCCGCCCGGACGACGACUUCGCUCUGGCUCUGUUCCAUGACUCUCCUAUACUCAAGAGACUAGGCAAGGAUAAGCCGCUAGACCCAAAUGUCACAUAUAGCACAGCCGAAAUUCUUGAGGCCAAGAAGCAUGGUUACCUUAAGUCGGACCUAGAUUUUGAUAAGCCAAAAGACAAUAACUUUCAUGAUGACCCGUUCAGGCAGGGCGAUAGGUUCGCAGCGACUCAGAAGGUGCUUGCUUCUAUCACAAAAGCCUUCGCUUAG